UCGCAUAUUACACCCACAAGAACCGUAACAUACCACAAACAGACGCUCCGCACUCAGGUCAUUCUUUCCACCUUCUCACAAAGCUAAAAGAUCUUCCUGAAAGACAAUCACAGCGCAAUGUCUAGUUCCGUAGCUCUUUUCCUUCUCUCGUGUCUUUUAUCGGUGCAUGCACGCAACGCCCGUCGUUUUGGCCCUAGUGUUGGACGAAACCCUAGCAACCAGAUGCAUCAACUCAGCAAGGAUAUAGAAAUUCAGAAUUUGCGUCCCGGAAAGGAAAAUAGCGCAGAAAUUGUCCCCGCAAGCAUUCAUCACGAAGAGCUUAAGGAUUUAAUGGGUCAUCUGAGAAAGCAACAAGUCAUAGACAGAACGAGUUCAGGACACGAGGGCAGCGUGGCACGACCCUUUAAGGCCGAUGCAGAACUGGAGGUAUCCAGGGUUUCCAAAGCCAGGUUGAUGGUGGAAUCUGCAAAUAGUGAUCACGACAAGGAAGCCAUAAAUUCCGGAGAAUUAGAAGACGACGCGAAGGGCGACGUGGUGGCAAUGGACUACGCACAGCCCCAUCGUAAGCCGCCCAUUCACAACGAAGAACCCCCACUCUGAGCCAUAUCAUUCCUGCUUUUUACUCUUUUGCUUCUCUGGGGUGGUGGUAUCCUUCCCUAUGUAAUUUGAUGUAUAAUAAAUGGAGCUCGAAUCAUCUUGUCCGAUCCAAA